GAAUGCGAGGGUAGGCGAGUGCUGGCGAUUAAAAUCAAGUCGCAUGAGUCGGCCUCAGAUGCAGUCCUGGUCAGAAGGAGCAGGCUUGAGCAUUGGGUUGCCAACUUUGUUGCAGACAAGCUGGCGGAUCAAGCCGCCAAGGAGGCUCAAUUGCCCCGCUGGGCGACCGAUGAAGUAGAACGCAUUGACAAGCUCAGCAGAGAGGUCCAGGAGCAUAUCCUAACUAUUUCGCAUUUCAUUGCUGUGAAUUCUUCUCAGAUCUACGGAGCCAGUACUGCCGAAGAUCGCAAGCGAGAGAGUAAGAGGCGUAGGAAGGCCAAGCAGUCGGAGAUUGCGGCCCUCACAGCGUCCACUUCUCAUUGCCUCGUCGAGAGUCCUGGCAAGCCGUUGAAGUGCUCCAAAUGCCUCACGUCCCCGACGGGGACUGCGGAGAGUUGGCUCCGCAUGGCGUGCCCUGGACUUCCUGCGAAGAUUCAUUUCUCCCACCGCCAUCUCCAGAGGUUUCGUGGAGUCUUCUGGUGCAGGGAUUGUGGGAGCUAUUCCGCCACAACUUUCAACAAGCUUUCCAAAGAGUGCUCGGGGAUUGUCUCGAAGCACGGAGGGAAGAUUUUGCGUGCUCUCGAGGCGGGAAAGCUCCCGAGGGACAUCACG